GUGCUGCUGCGAUGCCUCAGUCCUGCGGCGCAAACAGACGCAGCGGCCCCUGCUUCGGCGCCGACGCCGAUGCCGAAGUGCCCCGCCGCUGCCGCAGAUGGGCACGUCGGAGCGAGCAUGCAGCAUGAAGGGUGAUGUGCACGCUUACCCGGCCCCUUUGUGCGUGGGUGCUGGCGAAGAGGCAAAGGUCGUGCGCCGCACCCCCCGGCGAGAGAGGAACACGACGCGUGGGCGUGCCGAUGCAGGCACUCCCGUGUCGCGCUAAGCGCAGAUGCGGCAAGCCACGCGGCCGAUCCUGCAGCGUCUGCUAGGCUCCCGUGCUGCACUGCGAGGGCCCCUGCGCGCUUGCU